CCCACGUUCAUUUUCGUCUAUUCUCUCUGUUUAACAGUGAUCGGCGAGAUUAAAUAAACCAAACGGGAAUUUAAACAGUACAGUGCGGAGUCAAACAGUCCGUUUUCCGCGACGUGGUCAAAUAAAUAGACGCGCGUACGGGUGAUUAAUAAUGCGCGCGGACGGGUCUUUAAAACGCGGAAGGAAACAAAAUUGUGUAAACGAAAUAUCUGGAAAGUAGCCGAAAACACUUCGAGCGGAAUUUUUUUUUUUUGUUUUUUUUUGUUUUUCGGCGCGACACACUAGCGCGCACAUUCUUUCUUGCAGCUGAUUACGUUAACUCGAUUACAUUCACCGGAGGUUGUGCAACGCCGCGAUCGGCUUUUUUACGGAUUCUAAAAGUGACGGAAAAAGAAGAGAUACGUGUGUCCGAGACUUGACUAUUUUUUAUAUUAUACAAUUUUCCACAUACAUCUCAUGUAACGCACAAAAGAAGAUGAACACAAAGGAACGAGGUUCGUAGAAUUUUUCGAGGAUUGAUGAAGGGACAGAACAGGACUCUCGCCUGAUUACUAACAUACAUCGGGCGACCCUUUUCAUUGUGCGGCGAAACCCUCGGGACUUCUCUUUUACGAGCUCGCCAUCAUAAAGCGACCCGCACACAUCCGCUAUCUCAUCGUGGCCAGGUGUCUGCGCCAGCAUGUUGCGUUCGUCGUGCCAAGACCUUCGUUCGUGCACGAUUCGUCCGAACUUGUUCGUAUAGUUAGUCAGCGUGGACAGAUGGAUGGAAAAAAGCGUGACAGCGCAGAUAAAAAAUAAUUACAGGAAGUGCUUCACCCACGUGAGGAAAUCGAGACGCGAGACGUUCGUCACCAUUGAGAGGAGAAGCGGUUCUCAUCGAAGAUGAGAAACGAGGCGACGCUAGCAUGAUCGGUGCGAUUGGUAUAUUGACGCUCUUACUGAUCCUCGGUGACCUCGAGGCAAUCACGGUAGUGCACCAACAUCCCAACAUUCAGUAUGUCGUUGAGCACGAGGUCCUUCGCGAGGAUGCGCUCGCGGAGGCGAAGAAACUGGAGAUAUACCCCGGACCCAUUCCGGGAUGCAAGACUUGCACCUCCGCCGAGAUGACCUACUGCAAGGACGGUAGCGUCAUCAACGAUCACUGUUGCUGCGAAGGUAGCUCCAACGAGGUGUUUCCCUUCGUCGAGCACACGUGUCGCUUGGGACCAGAAGAAUGCAGGGUGCAGGCUGAGGACUGCGCGGAAUACACGAGACUGCGGGAAUGUUGUUGCCAUUCGUACUUGGCCUCUGUCUGUAAGUUUUUGAACGAUUCUAGAAUCAAGGAUGGCCAAACCGCGCCGCACGCGCACGUCUAUUCUCAAAGACACUGGAAGUAUGAAGCGACCGGCGGAGGUUCGCGCGUCAGCAUGUAUCACAUAAAGUUCCUGACGAUCUUGACGGUGCUCAUGACGUUACAUCAAUUGUUGAUCUAAAGACAACACCAAUAUAUAAA